GACUAUAUAAUAGUUGUCGCGAUAAUUUGUUCGAAGUAACACUUCAGCAAGAUGCGGUUGCUCUUCGUACUCCUGGUAGCUGGCUCAGCUUUCGGUUUUUCCAACGCGGAAGACCUUCCCUCACUCGAAGGAGCCAAGGUCUACCGACUGAUACCAGACACGGAUGAGAAACUAUCAGCAGUCCUCGCUCACCAUGGUAAGGAAGGAUAUGACAUCUUGAGGCGUGGUCACGUUCUUGGUGACGAGAUAAGAAUACUGGUGACCGCCGACUACGUCGAGGCUUUCGAAACCGAAUUGACGGAGUAUGAAAUCGACAAUGUGAUCGAAAUUGAAAACGCCCAGGAAGUUAUCGACGAAGAGAAAACACGCCAGAGUGUAGGCCCGUCCAUUACUCACGUGAAUGGCCGGAUUUCGUUCGAAGCUUAUCCGCGUUAUGACGCCGUCCUUGAAUACCUCCAAGAACUUGCUACCAACUACAGCAGUAUUGCUACCGUAGUGAACAUCGGUACCUCUUAUGAAGGCCGCCCCAUUAGUGGUUUGAAAAUAUCCUCCGGCGGUACAGGCAAACCCGCAAUUCUAAUCGAUUCUGCAAUGCACGCCCGUGAAUGGAUCGCCCCUACAUCGGCUCUUUACGCUAUCAACCAAUUGGUAGAAAAUAGCGAAAACUCCGAUCUCUACGCGAGCGUCGACUGGUACAUAUUCCCGGUCGCGAACCCUGACGGUUACGAAUUCACCCACACCAACUACCGUCUGUGGAGAAAGACCCGCAGCAUCAAUACCGGCAGUUCCUGUCGCGGUGUUGACCCUAACCGUAACUUCGGAUACUACUGGAUGUUGAACGGUGCUUCCGACCUUCCGUGCAGUGACAUCUACGCCGGGACCGAAGCCUUCUCAGAGGUUGAAACACAGGCUCUGCGAGACUUUGUCCUGGCCAACAACGAAACCAUCAAAUUAUACCUGGCCGUGCAUUCGUACGGAAACUACUUCCUUUAUCCGUGGGGAUACACUGCAGAUUUACCCGACAACGAGGAGGAGUUGAGAACUUUGGCCGAAGCUGCGGACGACGCACUUUCCACUUUGCGUGGAACGCGCUAUACCAUCGGAACCUCGACAAACGUUCUAUAUGAAGCAGCCGGUGGAAGUGACGACUGGGUGAAGGGUGUCGGUGGCGUCGAACUUUCUUACACUCCAGAAUUGACGGGUGGCGGUAUUUUCGGCUUUGACCCUCCCGUAUCUGAAAUUCUACCCAUUGGCCAGGAAUUUUUCUUGGCCACUCGCGUUUUCGGCGAAUAUAUCGCAGAGAAAUUCGGUUCAUCAAAGUGAUUACUUAAAAACUCUAUA